ACGGAUGUAGUGGACCCAAUAUACCUGGCGCUGAAACAGGCUACUGGUAUUUAUGGCCGACGAGGAUCAUCGGCACAUAAUUUUGAUUCAGCAACGCCGUCUCCUCGUAAUUUAUCGGAUGCCUCACUGCAAGAUUCUGGGUAUGCUGAAGCAACCUGUAAUCGCGGUCCAAUGAUAAGCUCAACACCGCAACUGGACCAAUCAGGUAUGAGCGGAGGAAGACGCCGACCACCUAGACUUCAUAAGCAAAUGAAAUCGCUGUCACUGGAUUGCGCCGAUCCGCCGCCUUCAAUAGCAUGUGGUAUGCGCUCAAGUGCGCUACGGUCACAGCUACCUGCUGAGUAUACAGUCGUUUAUGGAAAGGAGCCAGAUGAAGCUGAAGCUCCAUCAGAACGCGUAAUGCCUUUCGCCGUCGUCAGGAAUUGUGGAGGCAAAUUAGCGCCAGUACCGCUGCACUACAACAACAGCUCAGGGGAUAUUUCGGAAUGGGAAAGAAGCCGCUCUCCUUCCGGACUCUCUCCUCGCUCAACUCCGCGUCGAAUUAGUUCCUCCAGCGUUCUGCAAGGAUCUCACAUAGUAAUACAUGAAUACGCGGCUGCGCCAGACGUAGCGCUCUGCCUAGGCGAUCGAUUGAGGAUUGUCGACAACGGCGAUCCUGACUGGCUCUACGGUUUCAAGACGGGUGAUCGAACAGAUCGGCUCAUAUCAUUUCCAAGCACAUGCGUGGCGUUAGUGCAACCUGGUGAACAGCCAAUGGUGCUUAGACAAAACGUUCACAUGCCUGAAGCUAAGAUGAGGCUUUAUCGCGACCAGGUAGUAUUUGCACAGCCAGAUUCAAUUGUGGAUGGCCGAGUGUUGGUCCGCACGGAACGACACGCUUUUGUGGAAUGUCCACUGCAGCAUCUUCUCCUUUUAUAA